GUACACAAUUAAUUUUCAGAUACUCUUCCAUUUUUCUCAACUUCUGUCUCUCCGCAUGAAACCUCACCAAAGAAUACGAAAGACGAAGAGAAAAGGCAUUUUAAAAGAAUGGAAUAAACGCUGAUGACAUCAAAGCUUGCAUGAACUGCGACAAAGUCCCUGAUAGCGAAUAGGAUUUUGCAGCGAAGCGCGAUAUUAUUUUCAUUUCAUUCUUUAUUGGUCGUCACCUUGUCAGUUAGCGAAGAAGAAAAAUAGAAAAAGACUGUAAAGGCGAUUUGAGCUUUAGUUUAGCAGCUGUCCUUUCUUUUAUCCUAAAUAUAGUGUAUAGUGAAUAUAGUAGAAGGGUUUAACAUUGACAGUGGUGUCUUUUGUUGUCAUUAGCAUGCUAAGCUAGCAACAGCGCGACUGGAAUUCAUAAACCUGGAUUCACAUCAGAUCAGUAUUCGUCCUCCAUAACUCAUCAUUAUAGUGUCAUUAACUGUCAUCAUCACACGGCGAGGGACUAUAAGACAACAGGUUGAUCAUGCUGGGAGAGUGUGGCAUGAAGGAAUGGGAGAGACUGGCCCUCAGGAGGAACUCUGUCACUCUCUGUAAGGAGAUGGUGGUGGAUGAUCUGCUGGUCCAGUGUCUGCAACAAGAUGAAAUCCUCACAGACAACAUGGCAGAGAGCAUUAUGGCUAAGCCAACAUCCCAGAGCAAGAGUCGGCAUUUGUUGGCUCUUUUGCCCAAACGUGGCCCUCAGGCAUUUAGCAGCUUCUGUGCGGCUCUUACAGCGACAGAGCAGCAGCACCUCUGCAGAAUACUCAUGGAGUUCACAGAGAAAGAUAAAGGGUUUUCAGAGCCUUCACUUUCUAUCCCAACUCAGGAAUGUGUGAUACCUGCAAAAAGAGCCCGAACCCAUGAGUCAAUGGAGAUGUGUUUGGAUGCAGACUCCCCCGUGACCUCAGCUGUUCUCCCCUGCACUCAUGAAUUCUACGAGUCCCACAGAUUACAGGCUUACCCGAUGCACUCUAGUCCGCGAGGAUUGGCCCUGGUGUUGAGUAACGUGAGGUUUGAUUCUGCAAACACUGAUCUGGACAUCCGAAGGGGAGGAGAGGUGGACGAGGAAGUUCUGAGGAGACUUUUCACUGAGUUGGACUUUAAAGUCAGUCUACACAAGGACCUCACAACAGAGGCAAUGCGUGGGUGCUUGGAACAGUUCGCCCAGCGGCAGGAGCAUGCAGAUUAUGACUGCUGUGCAGUGUGUUUGUUGUCUCAUGGUGUUGAAGGAUCUAUCUAUGGUACUGACGGACAGCUGCUGGAGUUGGACUGGUUGUUUGAUGUUUUUGAUAACGCCCGCUGCCCUCUGCUCCAGAACAAGCCAAAGAUGUUCUUUAUUCAGGCCUGUCGUGGAGAGGAGAUGGACAACGGCGUGGACCAGUUGGAUGGACAGGGCCGUACUCAAUCCCCAGGCUGUGAACAGAGGGAUGCUGGGAGAGAGGAGGAGAGGCAGAACAAAGAGAGGGAGGAGAAAGACAGAGAGAGACUGAGAGUCAAACUGCCCCAGAGAUCCGAUAUGAUCUGCGGCUUUGCCUCCCUCAAAGGUUUCAGCACUGCUGCAAUGAGAAACACCAAGAAAGGGUCCUGGUUUGUUCAGGAACUAAACACAGCCAUCAGACAGAGAGCCAACGACACACACAUGUCUGACAUACUUGUUCAGGUGAAUGGCCGGAUUAAAAGCAGGGAGGGAUAUGCUCCUGGUUCAGCACACCAUCGCUGUAAGGAGAUGUCAGAGUUCACCAGCUCCCUCUGUAAAGACCUCUACCUCUUCCCUAAGUACUACCCCAACAGCUAGACACAUACUCCACAGUUAGGAAAAAGUGAAGAUGUCAUUUUGGAGGAUGUGUGAAAAAUGGUAUCAGUUUGUUUUCAUGAUUUUAAACUGGAUUUUAGGGUGAAUAGGUUGAAAUACAUUUUUUAGUCCAAUAUUUUUUAAUCAUAUGGUGUGUAAAUGUUGCCAUACAAAUCACAAUAUGUGCUUCCUUCAACUUGAUGCUUUACAAGCCAACUGAUUUUUAUUGACUUUCCUUUUUUGCGUAGAUUUAUUUUUGUCUAUUUGUUCUCAUUUCUAUUUGUACACUUUUAUCUCUAUUGUUCUUGUUCUAUUGGUUCAGUAAUUGUGGACCCUUUACACCCUAAAGCCAAUCUUUAAACUUCUCAAUGACACAUUAUUCAUACUAACAUUGUGCCAGUACCAUAGUAAAGUCUUUUAUAACAUUUUACUUGUUGGAACAGAUAAAGCCGUUGCCUUUUCUACUGGGAAAGAUCUGCCCUUACUUUAUUUAGGUGUCCUAAAUGCACCUUUACGUGCAUUAUAUAAACUAAAGUACAUUUUAAAUGUAUGUUUUCUACAAAACAUCAGUUAAUUAAUUCACUUUAAUUAUCCUGUACACACCAUGGCAGCUGUUUAUGAUUAUAGUGCUUCCUGAUUCAAAGUGAAACUAUCUGCUCACCAUAGAUUUGAAAAGCUAUUUAUCAAACCAUGAAUGCAUGAAUAUAUGUUGCACAUCAACAUAACAUAUUCCAUACUUUUACAAAUGUUUGUGUAAUUUCAAAACUUCCAAAUUCCAUUUGCAUUCCAAGUAGUUACCCCCAUUUUCCCAUGGGGGGGUAUUCUCAAAGCGAAAUGUAUAUAUUCUCAUAACACUUUUUUUGUGUUGUUAUGCUUUAUAUAUAUGCAGAAUUGUUUUUUUUUUUUUUUUUUUUUUUUUGCAGAUUUCCCUCUUACACAUAUUGUUUUUACUUUUAAAAAGUCAAGUGUGCCAAUGAAUGCACAUUUAAUCCUGACUGAAAAUAUGCAAUGUCUUAAAACACCUGCAGGUGGCGUUGCAGAGCUAAAGCACUUCAUCAACAAACCUUUUGCCAUACAGAGGUUCCAACGUUUAGACACACAGCCCUUCUGAUCUCCUCAUAAAACAUUAUUCCUUCUGGGAAUGCAGACUAAAUUUUUGUGUGCUGUUUUUUUCCUCUGUGUACGUAUGUCUUCCUCAUGCAGUAGGCAUCUGUGUUAGGGUAAAGGUCACGACCUUUAACACUGCCGUGGAAUCCCUCGUACUCUCUGCUACAUUUCACACUCGUCACCUUUAGCUUAAGUUAUCACGCAGCACUAUGUAUUUUUUAUUUUAUUUUAUUUUUAUAUGGUUUUAACAGCCAAAAAGUUUGAUUACAUUGUUGAUGCUUAUAUUGCGUUCAAGCUAAUUUAGCUUUGUUGGGUUUUAUUUUGAUCUUUUAAUUAAUAAGCAUCUGUAACAUGGGAGCAAAAUACGGGCAUGAGUUGUUUUUAAAUUAUAGCUGGGACAGAUUUUGAGUUCUUGUAUAUCAGAAGAAGGGGCUGGUGGAGAUACAGAAAACUUCCAAAAAUGUACUUUCCUAAUGCAAACUCUGUGCCAUGAUAAUCUAGAAAUAAUUUGAAAGUAUUUAAACAAAUGACUAGUUAUUUGAUUUGAUGUUCUAUAAGGUAUUUUCAUUGAUCAUAUUUAUAAAUAAAAUGAAAAAAGUGGGAAUAGAAAAUAUAUUAACUUAAAAUGUAUACAUUUUAAUUCCACAGUAUUACAUAGGUUCUUGUUGUUGUAACAGUUAAAUAUGUUUUUUUUUAUUUAUUUUUUUAUCCCCUUUUAAAGUGUUAAAACCCACAAUGGACAGAGGUACAUGUUUAGCUGUGUUAUAUAGUGCAGUUUAGUCUCAGCCAGCCUGACUGUACCAGAGGAGUUCCUGGUUAACUUGAUAUGAAAUGGAUUGUAGAGUUUAUUCACUGCCUUUUUUAUCUAACCAGCUAUAAAGGGUGCUUAAAUCAACUAUAGGGAAACUGUCAUUUUUGUAUUUUUGUAAUGCAAAAGCUGCCAUGUAAUAAAUACUGUUCU